AGGAAGCGGGCGGCUGGAGUGGGGGAAAAAAAUGGCACAGGAGAGCGGCUGUCGUUUGGGGGGCGCGGCGGAGUCGCCCGCGAGAAUGGCAUUCUGGACGCUUUAGUCAGGAUGCCCCUCUUCCCCAAGAUGUUGCCAUGCAAGAAGAGGAGAGCCAUCCCGGUCGAUUCUUCCGAGGGGGAGACGGGUCCCUCCGCGGACGCCCAGCCUGUUGCAAUGGAGAUGUCUUCCUCAAGCGAGAGUCACCAGUUCCAGGGCCCGACGCAGCAAGACGAGGAAGCUGCCUUGACCGAAAGGAGGGCUCGGCUCAGCCCAUCUGCCGACAGGCCCGCCUAUUUACCGGCACCGACUCUGCCGGGACCUGACAGGGGCUUGUCUGAGUUAGAAGCGCCUGGCGGUGAAAUAGCAGAGGUUCCAUCUAGAACUGCUGCUCAGAACGGCUGCAGGGAGUCGACAGAGGCUUUGUCGAAAGCGGAGAAGGUCUUCUCCAGGCCAGGGCCAAAUGCCUGCCUGCAGAAAAGUGAAACGAGCCAGGAUUCAAACGCAGUGUCCGACUUUGUCAUGGAGGAGGAGGAGCCGCAACUGGGCCAUGAAGCUGGUGAUCUUUCACCAAAGCCAGGGCCUGAGUGUGAGGAGGGGGAUUCCGCCUCUAAUGCAAAAACUUUGAAGAUCACGCAGGGCAGUGAGUUGCUUCCAGAGGCCGAGGAGGAAGCUGAAGAGAUGGGGCUCUUUAUCCCAUUGGAAGAGCAAGAAGAAGGAGGGAAGAAGAAGAGGAGGAGGGCUGCUAAACGGAAGCGGGAGGGGAAAGGCCCAGAGGAAGAAGAGGAGGAGGAGAAAGCCCCCUUGGCUUGCGACCUCAGGCUGGACGACACCCUGGACCGGACUUUGGAAGACGGGGCAAAACAGCAUAACCUGACAGCCGUCAAUGUGCGGAACAUCCUCCACGAAGUGAUCACGAAUGAACACGUCGUGGCCAUGAUGAAAGCUGCUAUCAGCGAAACGGAGGACAUCCCCAUGUUUGAGCCAAAGAUGACUCGAUCCAAGCUGAAGGAAGUCGUGGAGAAAGGAGUGGUAAUCCCUACAUGGAACAUUUCCCCAAUCAAGAAGGCAAAUGAAAUCAAGCCGCCCCAGUUUGUGGACAUUCCCCUUGAGGAAGACGAUUCCUCGGAUGAAGAGUAUCAGCCAGAGGAGGAGGAAGAGGAUGAGACAGCGGAGGAGAGCUUGUUGGAGAGUGAUGUGGAAGGAGCCUCGUCUCCGCACGGGCUCAAGUGGCCCCGAACCAGGCAGUCGUCUGAUGCAGUGGAAGUGGAUGAGGAGGGAGGGGUGACGUCAGAGGCAGAGAAGGCCUCUGUACCUCCCCUUCAGCGGCACAUCAGUGCCGAAGUUGUACCGAUGGGGCCCCCUCCUCCUCCCAAGCCCAAGCAGAGCAAGGACUGCACCUUCAUGGAGAAUCUUCAUGCGGUGGACGAAGAGCUGGCGUCCAGUCCGGUCUGCAUGGACUCCUACCAGCCUUUGGAAGAUAGCUUGAUCGCCUUCCGCACUCGCUCCAAGAGGCCCCUGAAGGACGUGCCCCUCGGCCAGCUGGAGGCGGAGCUCCGUGCCCCGGAUAUCACCCCUGACAUGUAUGACCCCAACACGGCAGAAGACGAAGAGUGGAAGAGGUGGCUCAGUGGCCUUAUGAAUGAUGACGUGGGAAAUGAAGAUGAGGCUGAUGAUGACGAUGACCCUGAAUACAACUUCCUGGAGGACCUGGACGAGCCGGACACGGAGGAUUUCCGAAAUGACCGGGCAGUGCGAAUUACAAAGAAAGAGGUGAACGAGCUGAUGGAAGAGCUGUUUGAGACGUUCCAGGACGAGAUGGGUUUCUCCACCGUGGAAGAUGAAGGGCCGGAGGAUGAAGACAGCACUGCAGAAGCCCGGCCGAAUUUUAACACUCCCCAGGUGCUCAGGUUUGAAGAAGCCCCUGCCAACCUGCUGAACGAACAGCACCGGACGGUGAAGGAGCAGCUGGAGCAGCUGCGCAUGAAGAAGUCGGCCGUCAAGCCGCCCUCGGAGGUGGAGCCGCCGAAGCCGCCGAAGCCUCCUGUCCUGACCCUGGACGCCAGGCGGAGGAGGAAGCUUCAGCAUCAGAUUGCAGCAGGUUUCCCAGAACGGUUCAGGGUACUGGGUGUGUGCCAGCUCUCUAGUUCCAGACGCGGCAGCGGGAGGCGGGAAGAGGCCUUGUUCUUCUGGAUGAACCCCCAUCUCCUGCCUCGCUUCUCCACUCUUUUCAGCUUGGUAGCCUUGGGACUGAAGCAUUUUGAAGGGAUCGAGUUCCCAAAACCCCUGAUCAGCAAGUACCUCCUGACCACCAAAACCGCCCACCAGCUGAUGGUGCGCAUCAAGAACCUCACCAUGAACCGGGCCCCCGACAACGUCAUAAAAUACUACAAGAAGACGAAGCAGCUGCCCGUUCUAUCUGAGCUUUGCGAGGAGAUCCAGCCUGGCGACUGGAAGCCUCCCAUUGAGAGAGACGAGCAUCUCCUCCCCUCCUGGUUGAAGGACAGCUUGCCUUACCUCCAAGAAGCGCUGAAGCAACCUGCCGAAGAAGCUCCACUUGGGGAUCUCAAGCUUAGCCAGCCGGCAAAAGAGUCCGCAGAAGACGCAAGCCAGGGGAAGUAUUCCCUGCACGUGCCCAAGGGCUUGGAACUGAUCCUGAGGCCGCUCCCCAGCCAUAUCUACAAGAAGACCUGGAGGCGGCAGCGGCCCGCAACCACAAAGCCCCUCCCGGUCCGGAGCAGCGGGGCCGGCAACUACCUGAAAGUGACCGCCAAGCAGCCCCAGCCGGAUGCGCCUCCCAGCAAAAUCGCGGCCCGCAUUCCCCGCUGGAUCCAACCCGCCGCCGCGGUCCAGCACCUGCCCCGCAUCCAGCCCGCGAGCCUGCAGCCAGCCGUGGCAAACAGGGGUGGAUUUGAGCUCCGGGGCCUGUUCUCCUCUCAGCACGCCGCCUCCAGGCCCUGCUUGGCCGCCGCCAUGCCACAGAGCUUGAUCUCGUCUGUGCCCGUCACCUUUCAGCCCAAAAUGAUGUUUCCGGUGCUCCCUGUGUCCAAAAUCUGGAAGCCCAGUGGCCCCAGGAAGUACCAGAAGAAGAAGGGCCCCAAGCCUGCUCCGCUGCUCCCCCCGGCUCCUGUGGUCUUCACCGUCCCUGCCGCUGCUGUGAAAACGGUCAGCAUCGCCAACGGCUGCAACGUCCUGCAGCCCCUGGCCGCGGCCAGAGGUGGCGCUGCGCAGCCCAUCCCCAUCACCACCCUGCUGGUGAACCCUGCCCCCUUCUCUUGCCCGCUGAGCCAGCCGCUUGUGACUUCCCCAUCCCCUUCCUUGUUGGUCCCCGCAAACUCCCCUGGCUUUCCUGCUUCCGCUGAAUUUGUCAGCCCGGCUGCUGCGGGUGGGGAAAGUGGGUGCUCCCUUCCAGAACCCUGGACGGAGCCACGGGAACAGUCUUCGUGUGCGGCAACGCCCGCCAGGGAGGACAGCGGCCCGCAGGCUUCUGAGCCGGAGAGCGGAGACCAAAUGGCGGCUUCUCUCCAGGCCUGCCCGGAAACAGCAGAGGAGAAAGUCACAGAGCUUCCCGCCGAGGGCCCCUUUACCCCUUUAGCAGAAUUAGCAGAGAGAAUGAAGGCCAAGUCUGAAGAAUUCUGCAUCGCCCCACCAGAAGCGGUUCUGGUUCCAGCAGAGACGAGCUCCGUGGCAGCUCCUGUUAAAGAGGAGCUGGUGCUUGGUCUGGGACAGGAGCUUGACGUGGACCCCCCUCCAGAGGGUGCAAGUGAGCAGAAGGAGGAGCAGGGCUCCCCGAAGAGUGGAGGGCAAUGCCCGGGAGACACGGCCGCCGGGACAGAACGGGGUUCCCCCGAGAAGGUCUCCAACACACCGGCUGCUGAGUCCAGGAGUCCCUCCGUAAAGCCCGAGGAUCCGUCCAGCGCAGACGGCCACGCGGCAGGGGUUCCGGCCAGCCGGGAGGCAAUGGGUGAGAAGGACGGUCCGGAAGAGGACGAGGAGGAGGACUUUGACGACUUCACUCAAGACGAGGAAGACGAGGAAAUGUCGUCGGCUUCGGAGGAAUCGGUGCUGUCCGUACCGGAGCUUCAGGAGACCAUGGAGAAGCUGACGUGGCUGGCCUCCGAGAGGCGCCUGAGCCAAGAGGGUGACUCGGAGGAGGAGAACUCCCAGGAGGAGAACUCCGAGCCAGAGGAAGAGGAGGAAGAGGAGGAAGAAGGGGAGAACAUGGAAAGCCUGCAGAAGGAGGACGAGAUGACGGACGAGGCGGCAGGGCCCGGAGACGGGCAGGCGUCGUCCCUCGCGCUGACCUGCGUCGCCCCCGAGGUGGAGCCCAGCAGCACCCCCCCAGGAGAGUGCGCCAAAGCACCCGGGAAAAGCCGGGGCUCCCACAGGGCCCGGGCCAAGAGGGGCCGGGCUCGGGCCAGCAAGGACACCUCCAAGCUGUUGCUGCUGUACGACGAAGACAUUCUGGAGAGGGAUCCGCUGCGGGAGCAGAAGGAUUUGGCCUUUGCCCAGGCCUACCUGGGCAGGGUCCGCGAGGCCUUGCGGCACGUCCCGGGCAAGUACGAGGAGUUCCUGCGCAUCAUCUACGAGUUUGAGAGCAAUGUCCACAAGCAGACAGCCGUGGACCUCUAUGCCCGCCUGCGCGGCCUCCUGCGGGAGUGGCCCCAGCUGCUCACCGACUUCGCUGCCUUCCUCUUGCCGGAGCAAGCCCUGGAGUGUGGGCUGUUCGAAGAGCAGCAGGCGUUUGAAAAGAGCCGGAAGUUCCUGCGGCAGCUGGAGAUCUGCUUUGCCGAAAACCCUUCCCACCACCAGAAGAUCAUCAAGGUGCUGCAGAGCUGUGCCGAGUGUCUGCCCCAGGAGAUCGUGGAGCUGAAGACCCAGAUGUGGCAGCUGCUGAAAGGGCACGACCACCUGCAGGACGAAUUCUCUGUCUUCUUCGAUCACCUGCGGCCCUCGGCCAGCCGCAUGGGAGACUUCGAGGAGGUCUGCUGGACGGAGGAGAAAGAGUACGAGUUCGAUGGCUUUGAAGAAGUGUCCUUGCCCGAUAUGGAAGAGGAGGAGGAACCCCCCAAAAUCCACGCCUCCUCCAAAAACAAGAAGCGGAAGGAGCUGGGAGGCCAGAACGCAGACAAGGAGGCGGAGUGGGCAGAGGGGGCCAAGGAGUGCUCUUGCGGCUGCCACGAGGGGAACAGCGACGCCAGGUUGAAGAGGAGCAAGCGGAAAGGCUGCAGCCACUGCAGCAACAAGGCGGGAGACAGCAAGGCUUACAAGGCCAAAGAUGCCCCGGAGCCCCCGGACAGCGUUGUCCCCCAGGAGCCCAACCCCCGCCCAGAAGGGAAGGAGCCUGCCGAGGAGAGCCCGGAACACAAGGGCGACGGGGAGGCCCCCCAGAGCAGGAUGAGGGCAGCUGCCAGGAAGGCGGACUCUGCCUCUGUCGCAGGUUCCCGUGUGGAUGGAAAGUUCCCGUCAAUCAAAGAGGCCUCCUUAGAGGGGGACGCGCUCCCGACUGGCAGGACUGUAGAGCCACGCUCUCUGCAGGGACCUCUUUGCCCCAAGAAGGCACCCACGGCCGACCCUGCAGCACAACCCCCCGUGACUCCUGCAACUUCUUUGACCCAGGCGCAGAGGACUGGCGCUCCUAAACAGCGACCCAAAGGCAGCUGUUGUCCUGUGGGCAGGGAGGGCGAGGCAGGGCGAGGCCUGAGGAGCACCGAAGCUGCUUGUGGGCUUGACAAAGACGUCUCGGGGCCUGAGGGGAAGGGCCCUGGUUCUCCUCCAGCAAAGAGUUUGCCCCAGAAACUUGCUCUUCAGCCCCGUCUCUCGGAGGAGCCCGUUGCUCUUAGCCUCCGGGAAAAGGAGGGAGAGAGGCUGGCUGCUUCUGCAAAUGUGAAAGGACAGGAAACAGGGGGACUGCCUCCCAAAAACCCUGGGCCAAAGGCAGCAGCAGGAACGAACUGUGGCUCGCUGGCUUGCCCCGAGUCCUCCGGCGCUUGCCACCCGCGAGCCCUGGCCUCCGAUCAAAAGACAAAGGCGGCAGGGGUGUCGGGCGCAAGCAACUGUUUGCAAGAGCAGCAGCAAGCAGGGGGAGGAGCAGAGCGCGUUCUGCCCCGCCCGCCCAGGCCGAGGGGGGAGGAGCCACAGCAGAGAGCAACGGAAGCCGUGGUCUGCGCCAAGAACAUCAAGGUCAGCUCUACGGGGGAGAAGGUUGUCCUGUGGACCAGGGAGGCUGACCGUGUCAUCCUGACCACCUGCCAAGAACGAGGAGCUCAGCAAGACACGUUUCGGGCCAUCUCGCAGCAGCUGCACAACAAAACAGCCGAGGAAGUAGCCCACCGCUUCAGGGAGCUGAUGACAUUGUUCCACACGGCCUGCGACGUCAGCUCGGACGAGGAAGACGACGGCACCAGCACCAGCAACGCUGACCAGCUCUCGGACAAAGAUCCGGUUCUCUCUGAAGAAGAGCAGGAGGAAUGAGGCGGCGAGGCCAGCGACAGCUUCGCUGCAGUGCUCCGCUCUGGGGGACGUCGCUGGCUCGCCCCCCUGCCCUGCCCCACGGAAGACACCUCUGAAGAAACAUUGCACGUGAAAGCGGGGUGGGACGGCUGUGUCGUGGAAGUAGGCAGGGGUCGCCCUUGUGCUUGGACAACACGUGAUGUAAAUGCUGUAAUAGCAGGAACUGUGUACAGCCUCUCCUGUAUGGAUAUUUAUUGUGCAAUUUAAUAUUAACGAAUAAAGCCAUUGGUUUGGGGUA